AUGAAAUUCUCUAAUUUAUCUAAGAGAAUUAUAUGUAAUGCUUUAAGUUGUAUUUAAAGCAUCACUUCAAAUAUAGAAGAAUGGAAAUGUUAUUCAUAUCUAAGAUAGAGAUAUUUGAAUAAUAAUGAAAGGAUUGCAAUAUAUUAGAAUGAAAAAUUGUAUAUUAAUACAGAACCCUAAUCUGAAUUAGUUGAUAAUUCAAUAGAAUAGCAAAAUGAAUUUUCAUUAUUUUCAGAUUUAAGCGAAUAAUAAGACUAAUCUUCCAUUUAUCUAUGUAUAAUGAUAACAAAUGGAAAUUCAAGAUAAGAACUUCAAGCAUAUUUUCAUUAGGAUUCAUCUCUUGAAGAAAUAGCUUAGUUUGUUUUAAAAUAUUGCCAAUUAACUGAAAAUGUGUAUAAAUUAAGAUUAUAAUAUAGGAAUCCUCCUUUUGUUUCCAUUAAAAUAUACAAUUAAGCAUAUAAUGAUGUAAUUAAAAGGAGUAAAUCAUUGUCCUAAUUAUCAAUUAAAAAUAAUAGCAUAAUUGAUGCAAUAAUAAGUUAAUAAACUAAUAAAUCAAGAUGA